AUGUCAAAGUGUGCAAACAAGAGGUUCCUAGUAUCUGAGGUGUGGAAGAUGUUCGUGCGAAUCGUCAAAAAGUGUGAUUCAACGUAUUACCUCUUGUCUAGGAAUGUGUUGAAGGAUGGAUGUAUUAGAUGGGUCCGAGGCGCUGGAAGUGCGGAGUGCGGAGACGGGGCAUCAACGGCACUUCCGCAAUGUCCUAAAAAUAGCGACGAGCUGUCAGGUACUAUUUGGCGAGCAUCGUACCAAGAUGGCUGGCUAGAUUACCAAUUAGAUGUACCCACAAAUGUGUUAACUACAGGUCAUCUGCGGUUCACUGCUAACACAGUGCACAUGGCACUGACUUUGCUGGUGCAACAAAUUUUAUCGGAAUUUCAGCUCCGGAAGGAAGAGCUCCUGGAAGUGAAACGGCGAAUACAGCAGGAGAUGGAGAAAGGUCUCCGACUGGAAACCCAUGGAACAGCCAGUGUGAAGAUGUUACCCACUUAUGUACUUUCAACUCCGGAUGGUUCAGAGGUGGGCGAUUUCCUGGCAGUGGACCUGGGAGGCACAAAUUUCAGGGUAAUGUUGGUAAAAGUGGGCGAAGAUGAAAAGAGAAGCUGGAAAAUCUCAACCAGCAACCAAAUGUACUCCAUCCCGACUGACGUCAUGACUGGCACUGCUGAAAUGCUCUUUGAUUACGUUGCGAAGUGUAUUUCCAACUUCCUGGAUCAGCACAACAUGAAACACAAGAAACUCUCUCUGGGAUUUACCUUUUCAUUCCCUGUCCGUCACGAGCGAAUCGACAAGGGAAUCCUUCUGAAUUGGACCAAGGGGUUUAAAGCAUCUGGAGCAGAGGGGAACAAUGUGGUUGGACUACUCCGUGAUGCGAUUCAAAGGAGAGGGGACUUUGAAAUGGAUGUGGUUGCCAUGGUGAAUGAUACAGUUGCCACAAUGAUUUCCUGUUACUAUGAAGACCACAGCUGUGAGGUUGGAAUGAUUGUAGGCACCGGCUGCAAUGCUUGCUACAUGGAGGAAAUGAAGAAUGUGGAGCUAGUGGAAGGGGAAGAAGGGAGAAUGUGCGUGAACACAGAGUGGGGUGCGUUUGGAGACACGGGUGAACUUGAGGAGUUCCGUCUGGAAUAUGAUUGUAUUAUUGACGAGACAUCUAUCAAUCCAGGAUACCAGCUAUUUGAGAAGAUUGUUGGUGGGAAAUAUAUGGGCGAGCUUACACGCCUUGUGCUACUGAAACUGGUAAAUCAAAACCUGCUCUUCAACGGAGAGGCGUCUGAGCAGCUGAAAACUCGAGGGAGCUUUGAAACAAGAUUCCUCUCACAGAUAGAAAGUGACACAGCUGACCAGAAGCAAAUCUGUAAUAUUCUGAACACAUUAGGUGUGGUGCCAUCCCAAGGCGAUUGCGAAAUUGUCCAUUUGGCAUGCAAGAGUGUGUCGACACGAGCAGCGCACAUCUGUGCUGCAGGAUUGGCGGGCGUUAUCAAUCGGAUGUGGGAGAACAAAUGCAAAGAAACGAUGAGCAUCACAGUUGGAAUUGACGGAUCCGUUUACAAGCUGCAUCCCCAAUUCAAACACAGGUUUCACACGAUGGUCAGGGAACUUGCGCCCGACUGUGACAUCACUUUCCUUCAGUCCACCGAAGGCAGUAGCCUGGGAGCAGCAUUAAUCUCUGCAGUGGCUGGCAAGCUGGGCAGCUGAUCAGCCAGUAUCCUUAUAACUCUACAACUCAACCCUCUGCUACAACUGCAGUCGUUUUUUGGUCUGAAUAAAGUGAAUUCCCUAAAAAAGGGAAGACUGGUAAACAUUGGGUGACGCCAUCAGCAUUGGCAGCCUUGCCAACGGUGUCCGUUUUUUCUUAUUUUUUGUUAUUUUUAGUGUGUUUUAAAAGUUAAUGUUGUCUGGGUUGUUUUAUGUGGGGGGUGGGUGAGAGGGUCGGGGGAAACUUUUUCUCAACUUUACCUUGCCGGAGAUGCGAUUGUUUUCCAGAUCGUAUCUCCGGUUGCUCUGCGGCCUAACAUCUAGGAGCUGGAGGCCUUGCUCGGGACUGACUUUGAGCCCAUCCGCGGGGCCGUGGAUUUACCAUCAUAGCCGAUCCGUUGCUAGGGAUCGACGCUACAACCGCGGCCUGCGGAUUCCAACAUCGAGGAGCUCGCAGUCCCGGGUAGAGGCUGAUGUCGGAAAACUCCAGUCGCAGAAGGUUUUAACCAGCCCCGACCCAGGGUAGAUCACCUGGCGCGGGGGGCUGAGAUUCCCCUCCCCCCAACUUCCCCCUGAUGCAGGAGCUUGAUUGCCCCGACACAGAAGGCCAUGGGAGUCAAGAUUGUCCCAACAACGGAAGGCUCGAAGCCCCUGACCGCGGGAGGACAAAGAAGGGAAGAGAUUGAACUUUGUUUCGCCUUCCUUUCUUUUAAAAUCUUUUUGUUGGUUUUUUUCCAAAAAACAAAACAUAAAGAACAGAGCAAAAAGAAUAAUGAUAAACAUAACAAUGAUAUUGAUACAUAGGGAUCAGGAUUACAUUAAUAACAGGUAUAACCUAAUAUGAGACCAGUGUCAAAAUACACAAUGAAAAUAGACCUACUAUGUAAAUAUAGUUCAAUCUUUAAAAGAAAACUUAUAAAUGUAGAAAAAAAACACAAAGGUAAAAAGACAAAAAGAAAAGGAAAAAAUGAAAAAACUAAACCCCCCUAAACUAAAGAAGAAAAAAGAAAGGAAGAAAAAAAAAUUUAAAUGAAAAUAAAAUAAAUAAAAGCAAAGCAAAGCAAAACAGAAUCUGAACUGAGUAUUUCAACAUUUAAGUCUAUUUGUCGUCAAGUCCGUUCCACCCUAUAGAGGUAAAAUAAUUUUUAUAAUGGUUAAAAAGGGAGCAAUUUAUGUUGUAUGAAAGUGUUCAAAUUUAACCAAGGGUUCAACAAUGUCACUCCUGAUUUUUUUCUAAAUUUAAACAUGAUAUCGUUUCAGAGUACCACUGGAGUGUGGUCGGAGGAUUAGAGUCUUUCCAUUUCAAUAAAAUAGAUCUUCUGGCGAUUAAUGUGGUAAAAGCAAUCAACCGAUGGACGGAACGGGACAGAUGAAUAAAAUAUAAUAUUGGUAGCCCCAAAAAUUGCAGUAAUAGGAUGAGGUUGUGAAUCAAUACCUAAAACUACAGAAAUAGUAUCAAAAAUUUAUUUCCAAUAUUUUUCCAAAAGUGGGCAGGACCAAAACAUAUGGGUCAGUGAGGCCACUUCAGAGUUACAUCUGUCACAGGGAGGAUUUAUAUGACCAUAAAAACGAGUCAACUUAUCCUUUGACAUAUGAGCUCUGUGAACCACCUUGAAUUGUAUCAGAGCGUGUCUUGCACACAUUGAAGAGGAUUUGACUAGUUGAAGAAUCUUCACCCAUUUCUCUAUAGGUAGAGAAAUUUGGAGUUCUUUUUCCCAGUCAUUCUUAAUUUUAUCAAAUGUAUCUAAUUGUAAUUUCAAAAUCAACUCAUAAAUAGUCGUUAUUAAUCCUUUCUGAUAAGGGUUCAAAUGUUAAAAAAAAUCCAAAAUUGUGGUUUUAUGUAGUGGAAAAAGGGAUAGAGUAGCCUUCAAAAAAUGUCUAAUUUGUAAAUAUAUAGAAAAGUGUGAAUUAGGUAAAUUAUAUUUAUUGGAGAGGCGUUCGAAAGACAUAAAACAACCCUCCAAAAACAAAUCACGAAAAGCUGAUAAUCCCUUCCUCUUCCAUAACAAAAAGUCUUGAUCAGUACUAGAAGAUUGGAAGAGAAAUUUCUAUAAGAUAGGACUCGAUAAGAUAAAAUCAUUUAGUCCAAAAAACUUACGAAAUUGAAACCAUAUUCGGAAUGUAUGUCUUAUUAUUGGGUUAGUCAUAUAUUUAUUCAAUCUCGUAAUUGUAAAAGGUAACGAGGCCCCUAGAAUAGAAGCCAAUGAUAGCCCUUGUAAGGAAUCAUGUUCAAGAUUUAUCCAUCCUGGUCAUUGGGUAUCUACUAAAUCUUUUGUCCAAAAUGUUAGAUAGCGAGCAUUAACUGCCCAAUAGUAGAAUCUAAGGUUCGGCAAUGCCAAACCACCAUCUUUUUUUGAUUUCUGUAAGUAUUUUUUACUUAGUCUGGAGUUUUUAUUCUGCCAUAUAUAUGAAGAAAUUGUGGAAUCUAUAAUAUCAAAGAAAGAUUUGGCAAUAAAAAUUGGUAUCGUCUGAAAUAAAUACAGAAAUUUAGGUAAAAUGAACAUUUUAAUAGCAUUGAUUUGGCCAAUUAAGGAUAAGGACAUUGGUGACCAUUUAGUAAACUGAUGUUUAAUAUGGUCAAUUAAAGGCAUAAAAUUAGCUUUAAAUAAAUCCUUGUGUUUCUUGGUGAUCUUAAUACCUAAAUAAGUAAAACUUUCGGUAGUCAAUCUAAAUGGAAACUGUCCAUAACUCGAAACAAGAUUAUUUAAUGGAAAAAGCUUACUCUUACUAAGAUUUAGUUUAUAACCAGAAAAACUACUAAAUUGAUUGAGUAAUGCUACUAUUGCCAGAAUAGAUUUCUCAUGGUUAGAAAUAAGUAAUAACAGAUCAUCUGCAUCAAGAGAUAGCUUAUGUGUCUUAUUCCCGCGGACAAUACCAAAAAUAUUAGGGGAUUCCCUAAUAGCGGUGGCUAAAGGUUCCAAAGCAAUAUCAAAUAGUAAAGGACUUAGGGACAGCCCUGUCUAGUACCUCAAAA